AUGGCUUCUCAUCAAACCAUACCAACGAGUAUAACUACAAAUACAACUACAAGUACAUCAACUAAUGCUCGUAAGCGAAAUCCCCCUCAAAACUUACCUCCAUCACAUCCUAAAUUCGAUAGAUCUGAAUUAACAGAUUCUGAAUUCAUAGAACAAUUGUUAUUUGAAAAUAGAGAAUUACAGGCGAUAUUAAUUAAUAAAGAUAAAAAAAUAUCUGAAUUAACAGAAGCUUCGAAAUUAAACUAUCUUUUACCUCAUAUAAGUCAUAAUAAUCAUAGUACUUCAUCUUUUGAUACAGCAAAAUCGUCUCGUGAUGAAACUCCAGAAGUUAAACCAAUAACUAUAGAGACAGUUAAAGCUAUCACUCCUUCAUCUACAUCACUUAAAUUAAUCAAUACUUCCAAUAAUGUAGAUAGAACCAUUAGUAGAUCUCCACUUCCAUUAACUCCUACUGAAGAAAUACCAAUCAUUGAACCAACGGAAAUCCCAUCAAGAUCAUCACGAAGAAGACGUAAUUCAAAUGAAAAAUCUAUUCCAGAUACAACUGAUUCAAAUACGUCACCUUCAUUAAGUGUACCCAAUUCAUCAUCAAACAUAAGUAAUUUAUCAUCUUCAACUUCAUUUGGUAAGAAUUUAGAUGAUAAGACUAUCAUCCUAAAUGGUAAUACUACUAAUAAUAACAUUCAAGACUUUAAAAAAGACAAUUCAAUUACACCAAGUUUACACCUCAAUACAUCAAACAGUAAUGUAUCAUCAACUGCUAGACCUCCUUUAAAUGGUCAGUCAUCAUCAUCUACAACACCUACAAGUAAUCAUAGUUCAUUAACUCCUAUAACGAUCAAUAAUAGUAACAAUAGUAACAGUAAUAAUAAUAGUCUUUCCAACCCCAUUGAUAUUAAUCAAUCACCAUAUUCACAUCCUAAAGGCAAUACUGGACUUAGUAGUUCUUAUAAAUCAAAAAUAAAAUUACCUCCUACUUUACAAAAUCAAACUUCCCUUGGUUUGAAAUCACCUGCUGCAUUUGAAUUAAAUACAGUAUUGGCAACUCAAAGUGGUACUAGUCCUAAUCCAAGUAAUUAUAAAUUCUCACCAGUAUCUCAAUCUACUACUCAGUUCAAUGGUGGCAGUGAAGUUAGUAGUUUAAAGAGAGCACCUACUACUCCUGAUGUGAUAUCAGCUGGUAAAUUCAAUAUGAAAUUGAAUGAUAUACCGAAUCCUGCCUUGGAUGUUGAUAGUCGUAGUUUUAUUUCAUCUCCUGUACAAGGUUCAUUCACUCAUUCUCAAAAGAGUCCAGGACAAUUAAGUUCCCAUAGAAUGGAUAAUAAUGAUGUAUUAAGAACUCCAUUAACUACUGAAUUUGAUUCUCAAAGUAAAUUCUCAGCUCAAACUCCAGGAUCAAGUUUUAAUGUAUUGGGUACGCCAAAACAUGAAGAUGAUGCUAAAUUAGUUAUUAAACCUGAAGAAUUUGGAGUCAUAAAUUUGAUUGUGGCCAGUACGAUUUCUGUCCCUACUCAAAAGAAAACCGAUGAUCCAAAUGUGACAAUCUCUAUUAAUGAUAAAGAAUCAGGUCAAGAAAUGUGGAGAAUUAGAAAGACUUAUUCACAGUUAGUGGCAUUUGAUAAUGAAAUAAGACCAGUGGUUCAAUAUUUUGGAUUACCUACUUUACCUGAUAAAUCAGUAUUCCUUGCAACUGCACCUAGUAAGAUCGAUCAAAGAAGAGUGGCAUUACAAGGCUAUUUCAAAUCGAUAUUCCAUAUGCCUCAUAUUCCUCAACUGAUUAUUUAUAGAAUCUGUAAGUAUAUCUCACUUGAUAUAAUAUCACCAUUGGAUGAUUAUAAGAGUGGAGCAAGAAAGGAAGGUUAUUUAGUUCGUCGUUAUAAAGGAUUAGGAAGUUCAUGGAAAAUUAGAUGGUGUCAAGUUGAUGGUCCAGCUUUAGAAAUUUAUGAAUUCCCAGGUGGACCAUUAGUUGAACAAGUUAAAUUAAAAGGAGCUCAAAUCGGUACUCAAUCUCAAGAUUCAGUGGCAGAAGAUAAAGGUUAUAGACAUGGAUUUUUAAUUAUUGAACAACAAAAAUCAUCGAAAUUAUCUUCAUCCUUACCUAAGUAUUUCUUCUGUUGUGAAGAUGAUACUGAACGUGAUGCAUGGGUAGCAGCCUUAGUUGAAUUUAGUGAUGUUAAUGGUAUCAAUGAUACUGCCAAUAUUUCUACUGAAUCAGAAGAUUUUGUCGAUACGCUUGGAUCAAGAUAUCCUGAUGAACUUGAAGUUAGUUCAAGAAAAUAUACCAAUGGAUCAUAUUCUCUGAAUAGUAAAUAUUCAAACGAUCAAGCUUCAUAUACUACUAGUACAUCACUAGAGGAUAAAGAAAUUAAAGAUGCUAAGAAACAUAAAAUGAGAAGUAUAUUUCAAUUCGGGAAAAAGAAUUCAUCUCAAUUAUCUACUGAGAAUAUAUUGGAUGAAGUUGAUACAUCAAGUAUUGCUGCUCCUAUACCUUCCAAUACUAAUAUGACUCAUUCAACAUCAGCCUUUGCACAAUAUUUAAAUGAAAUGCAAUUAGAAAAUGGAUUAGCUAAAUCGAUUUUCGGUAGAGAACUUGAAGAUGCCUAUAAUGUUUCUAAUCAUAUUUAUUUAAGUAAGAGUGUUCCAAGUAUUAUAUAUAGAUGUUUGGAUUAUUUAACUCGAACUGGAGCUAUUUAUGAAGAAGGUAUUUUCCGAUUAAGUGGAUCAGCUACUGCUAUUCGACAAUUAAAAGAUCAAUUUAAUCAUCAAUAUGAUGUUGAUCUUUCUGAUUCUGAAUUACAUCCUGAUAUAAAUACCGUGGCAGGACUUUUUAAAACUUAUCUUCGAGAAUUACCUACACCAAUCUUAGGAUUAAAGAAUUAUAACCAUCUUCAUAAUGUGAUAUUACAGAAUCAAACUUUACCACCUACAUCCUUAGCCAAUGUAUUCCGAGAUUAUUUUAAUGAUCUUUCAAAUGUGGAUGAAAUUCAUUAUGAUAUAUCAUAUGUGAUAUUUAAAUUCUUAACUCAAAUCAUUGCUCAAAAUCAAAACAAUAGAAUGAAUUUAAGAAAUGUUUGUAUUGUUUUUUCACCUACCUUGAAUAUAUCAGUGGAAGUCUUACGAGUAUUUUUAGAAGAUUUCGAAUGUAUUUUUGAAAAUGGAAGUCCAUUAGCAAAUGAAAAGAGAGAAGUGUUAGAUAUUCAUAUUCCGAACUUUUAA